AUGGAUGAGCACCAGAAGAAACUCAAUCAGCGGCAUGAGGGAAGGCCCCGCAAAGUGAGGUUCAAAAUAUCCUCGUCUUACAGUGGUCGAGUGCUGAAACAAGUCUAUGAAGACGGGCAGGAGCUCGAGCCCCCGGCCAAAGAGCACUCCCGGCGUUUUCUCCGCCAUGGCUUCGAGCCGGGGGACCGUUUCUGCGGGGCCAGGGAAAUGCCAGAAAGCAGGUUCUGCUCGCCAGCCAAGCUGACUGCCCAGCGGAUCAGCAUAUUCAAGGAGGACAAGAAAUACGGUCUCACCAGUAACUCUCCUCUCCUCAGUGACCACCAGUCAAGCGACAGUCAGGCUUCUCCAAUUCUAGAUUUUGGCAAGAUCAUCAUCUACACUAAUAACCUGAAAAUCAUCCGCGCACCAAUAGACCAGAAAGAGCUCAUGAGAAGAAUCAUCCAGACGGAGGAAGUAAAUGACUGGGCCUUCAUAUACCAGGAGAGGAAAGAAAGAUUUGGUGGUGGACACAAAAAAGAUAUGGAAAAAAAGGUUGUCUGCAACCGGUAUGUGCAGGAAGGAGAUGCUGAACACGGUUGUUCCCAGUGUAAAGGGUCAGGCUCUGCUCCUUGCUCGCUGUGCCACGGGAGCAAAUUUUCAAUGCUGGCAAACAGAUUCAGAGAGUCCUACAGGGCUCUCCGAUGCCCGGCUUGCAACGAAAGCGGCCUGCAGCCCUGCCAGCUCUGCGCUGCCUGA